AUGGAGCACUGCAUAAUUCUUAUAAUCCUUACAAUUGCGCUGCCAACAUUUUUGGAAGGAUUUGAUGUAUACUGGAACUUCCCUUCAGGGAAAUGCCAGAAAAAUAAGACUUAUCACAUUAAUUUGGAAAGUUACAAGAUUAAAGAGAAUACAGAUCAUAAGUUCGAAGGAGAUAAGAUUGUAAUUUUUUACGAAUCCAAGUUCGGCCUUUAUCCUUACUACAAAGAGUACAACGCUAGCCAGCCCAUCAAUGGCGGCCUUCCACAGGUUUACCAAAACCAGUCAAUUCUAUAUGUAAGACAACGUUAUCCUGAGAUAAAGGACGAAACAAUAAUUGAAAGGUUGGCUGAAGCAGAGUUCAACAGCGCGUCCAUGCGAUUUUUCGUCGAGACCAUACAAAAGGCAAAGGAGAUGCGUCCCUAUGCAAAAUGGGGAUUUUAUGGAUUCCCGUUCUGUAACUAUAACGCUGAACAUUCGAUACGCGUAGCACGUUUUUUUCAGGCAGUACUAAUGGAAGCACGAAGGAUCUCUAAAAUGUUCAAACCUCCCCUACCUAUCUAUGCAUACACCAAAAUCGAAUACGACCCGACGAAAGAAAUAAGGGACGAUUUCUAUAAUAAUGUAGAUCAGCACUCGGAAUGCAGAAAAGUAAAAUGCAGUGAUCUUGGCAAAUGCGUAAAAUUUGGAAAUGACACGUGCAACGCGGUAACUCCAACAAAGCUGGAAUUCCACAUGAAAUUUGAUGAGUAUCACUGUGAAUGCGAUAGCGGUGUUACAAACGGACAAUGUUCUUCGGCACUUGUUUUACCUCCCUGA